GGAAACAAAAAUUAAGGCAUUGAAAAGACAGCAACAAAAAGCUCGUAGAAAAUCAAAAAAGAUCAUUUUGGCUGUUCAGAAAAAAAAUGAAAACACUUCUGAUAGUGAACACUCCUCCAGAGAACUUGAAUCAGACUACUCAUCAGACGACUCAGGAAAUAUGCUGAAUGUUGUGGAGCAGCAUCAAAAUGAAGACUUGCAAGAACAGUAUGAUUCAGAAUCACAACAGAAUACCAUAAUUAAUAUGCAAGAUCAAGUGCUAUGGUAUGAAAUUGAUAGACUAAAUGAUUCCAUGGAUGUUACCAGUGAAAGUAACUCAGAGCUAGCUUUGUCUCUGGAGAAAAAGCUGUCUGAGUGGGCAAUAAAAUUCAACAUCUCCAUGACCUCUCUCACUCAUUUGCUUAAGAUUUUGAAGGAACAUGACAUUGAUGUUCCAGCAGACGGACGAACACUAUUGAAAACACCUCGUUCUGGCAGUUUGAGAAUAACAGAAAAAUCAGGUGGCAAAUACACAUAUUUUGGAUUAAAGGAAGGUCUUACACAUACUCUGUCUGAGCAAGACACUUCAAAAUACGACCACUUUGAGAUUUCUUUGAAUAUUGAUGGCCUACCCAUUUUCAAGUCCAAAAACCUCACAAUGUGGCCACUUCAGUGUGCUGUCAUCAACGUUGAUGAAGUGAAAAACAGUCCUUUCGUUGUUGCUCUGUUUUCUGGAGCAAAGAAACCAAGUGAUUUGGAGUUUUUGAGGGAUUUUAUGGAGGAGCUGCAAGAACUGAUGGAAACAGGCUUUAAAGGGAAGAGAAUUGUCCUCAAAAACAUCAUAUGUGAUGCACCAGCACGAGCCCUCAUCAAAGGAAUAGUUCAGUUUAAUGGCCGCUAUGGCUGUGACUUUUGUGAUGUAAAGGGAGUUCAUGAGAGCAAAAUGCUUUUUUUGUAUAAAGGAAAUCUCAGAACCAAUGAGUCAUUUAGACAGAAGACAAAUCCUGAACAUCACCUAACAGAUAGCAUUCUUUUGAAUCUGGACAUUGAUAUGAUCAGGCAGUUCCCAAUAGAUCCCAUGCAUUGUGUAGAUCUAGGAGUGACUAAGCGAAUGUUGAUGCUGUGGAAAGAAGGACCUUUGGCCCAUAGAUUAUCAGCUGGACAUCUUAGCACCAUUACUUAUUUUCAUCAAGCUGUCCGAAAUCACAUACCUCCUGAAUUCAAUAGGAAACCCAGGGGGUUAGAUGAACUGAAGCACUGGAAAGCAACUGAAUUCCGAACAUUUUUGCUUUAUACUGGACCAGUGAUUUUGAAAUAUGUUCUCGAUAAGGAGAAGUAUAUUCACUUCCUUUCACUUAGUAUUGGAAUGCGCAUCUUGUACAGUGAAAACCUAAUGGAGCAUCGUGAUUAUGCAGAUGAGCUGUUAACAUAUUUUGUUGAAAAAGGUAGCAGCCUGUAUAGCAUGAGUUUCAUCUCAUAUAAUGUGCAUUGCUUGCUACAUCUCACUGAUGUUGCAAAUUACAACAGAUCAUUACACUAUUGUUCAGCGUACAAGUUUGAGAACAAUAUGGGUCAAAUCAAGAGGUUUAUCCGCGGUUCAAGUGAUCCACUGAUUCAAGUAGCUAACAGAUUGGCAGAGAGGCAAGCAAUAUCAAGUUCUAAGAAAUCAAAUGUUACCUCUGGUAUGCCAAAGACAAAAGAAUGUUACAGAAUGACCAAUGAUAGCUACUGCCUUAUACAUGGAGUUCAAGAAAAUCUGAUUUUUUGUGAGGUUUUUUGCAGAAUGGAACCUUUGUACACUAAGCCAUGUGACUCCAGAAUAAUUGGCAUAUUCAAAGGAUUUCGGAAUCACACUAAAAUGUUACAUACUGACACCACUCAACUGAGACAUAAAGCAAUCAUGAUACCUUUGUCAUUGAUUGAUAAAGAUGAAUACAAUGCGGUAGCGCUUAUACCGCUCAUGCAUUCAGUUUGAUUAGUUAGUCAAGUAAGUCAGUAAGGCAGGGUUUUUGCCUUUUUUAUUGCAUGUUAUCCUGAUUUUGAUCCAAAGACUAUGAAUAAUGUGUGUGUGUGUGUGUGUGCGCGCGUGCGUGUGUGUGUGCAUGUGCGUGUGCGUGCGUCUUUCAGUAUCGAAUUUGUUUAUUCGGUGAUGGACAGACAUCUGUUGUACCAAUCAGUUGGAUUUUUGAUGACCAUGGAACAUUGAAGUGUCGAUGGACAUCAUCACUCUCAAACAUUAAAAACAAUUCUCCACCAAACCCUAACUGGAAGGUUUAUGACAUUGUGAAGAUCGUUGGACCAUCAAUUGAUGAUAUGAACUUGAAGCAGUCAGGAAAUGAAGUGAAGCAAUCUGGUCUGAAGUCAAGAAAUGUCCCACUGCCCUAACCUCCUAUAUACCAUGCUAUCUUUAAAGAUACUCUUCAGAGAAGUGGGAAAAAAGAUGAGGAUGAUCCCAAGCCCACAAGCUCUGAUGUCUCAGAAUUUCAUGAUCUUCAACAACAUCACAUGACUUAUAAAGAAAUUACAGUGCAAACCAGGAUACCAGAUGAUGUGCAUUUAAAGAAGUCAAGAAAUGCAAUGAAGCGAGUUGGUCUGAAGACAAAGAAUGUUCAGCUGGCCAAAACUCCCAGAUACCAUGGUGACUGUCUGGAUGAUAACAAUGAAAGCCCUGAUGACAGUUAUUUAAACUCAAGCCAGCCCAACCCAGUAUUCUUAGAUACUCUUCAGGGAAAUGUGGCAAUGCAUGAGGAUGAUCAUCCCAAAAGCUCUGCUUCUUCAGGGAAGGAACCAAAGGAAACAAAAUGCAAAGUCACCAUGGAGAAAUUGUUUGAUCUGAAUACUAAGAUACUUCAACAAAUUCAAAUGCUGGAACAGAGACAAGCUGUCAUCAUGAAUGACUUGGCCAAAGUUAAGUCUGUUCUCAUGAAGCGGGCAGAAGAAGAUGCCCAUGAGGAACUUUUUAAACAACAACAGUGCUCCAGCUUUGAAAUGUUUGAAGCCUUCUGUCAGAGGCUUGAAGAAGACAAAAAUUAUCGAGAGCUUUAUGUACACUAUCUCAUCCAUACUCAUGGCAGCUCCAAUAUAGGUGAGAUGGUGAGACAGGCUUUAAAAAGCAUAGCGUCAGACAAUGUUCUCUGUCUGUAUAACAGAACGGGGAAAGAUGGGAAGAAGGUGUUUCCACCUGUGCUCCUGACAUGUUUGAAAAAAUGUGUCAGGUCUUUUCACAAACAAAAUGAAAUAGAGGUGAAGAAGCUAAAAGUAACCACUAGAACAACACCAGACAAGGAAUGUAUUCGCCAAGUAGAAUUUUUUUGUCCAACGCCAACACCAGGCUGAAAAGGAAACCAAAUAAAGGAAAAAUCUGACUUUUUGUUUGAUUGUUUUGAUUGAUGGAAAUAAAGAA